GCUGAGCAGUUGGGGAGUCACGAUGUCCGGACGCGGCAAAGGCGGGAAGGGCCUGGGCAAGGGCGGCGCCAAGCGCCACCGCAAGGUGCUGCGCGACAACAUCCAGGGCAUCACCAAGCCCGCCAUCCGGCGCCUGGCGCGGCGCGGCGGCGUCAAGCGCAUCUCCGGGCUCAUCUACGAGGAGACGCGCGGGGUGCUCAAGGUCUUCCUGGAGAACGUGAUCCGCGACGCCGUCACCUACACGGAGCACGCCAAGCGCAAGACGGUCACGGCCAUGGACGUGGUCUACGCGCUCAAGCGCCAGGGCCGCACCCUCUACGGCUUCGGCGGCUGAGGCCCAAACUACUACCUUCGACAGCAAAACCAAAGGCCCUUUUUAGGGCCACCCACCCCUUCUUUUAAAAGAGCUGUUACUUUUAA